AUGCGUUCUUUCCCCAAGGCCUUGAGCUUGCUUCUCUUCAAUGCUGCCACUACGGUAAAAGCCGACUCAAGUUACGAUGCCUCUCUCUACUAUCGACCCAGUAACAUCAGCGCAAGUCUAAUUAGUCUGUAUACAUGGAUUGGAUCGUAUUACAAUGCUACCGCACAAGUCGACUUCGAACCGUAUAAUGUAUCAAGUUCAAUCCAGAUUAAUUGUCCAGCACUCACCACAUACUACACUGCAAGACUAGGGCUCACGAAGCCCGGUCCUUUCAACUCAGCUGAUGAUCCGAUCAACGCGUUUCUAACGCUCUGGCCUCUGGAUUUCAACUUCACAGGAUCCCUAAACUCGGCCAUUGUCUACAACUCUGGUUUAGACUUCUAUUUGUUUUCUUCCGACCCUUUCUACCAAUAUGAUACCGGAAACGCCACAAACAACUGGAAUUGGUCCCUCAGCAAUACUACAAGCUCACCAUACAAUCUGUCCGGUACCGUAACAGAAGGCUAUCAGGACUCGAAAGGCUUCUCUGCCAAAACCUUUACAUCUUGCGCUUACGGUUCCACUUGGGGAUUUCGUAUCUACAGUGGCCCUUUUCAGAGCGACAAUUUCACGCAACCAACCAUCAAUUUAGAAUUUGACGGCUGGACCGCAAAACUUACUUUGCAGGGAUAUGCCGAGGGUAGCCUGACAUAUGAGGACAGAUUGUACGUUGGAGAAUUUAGAUUGGUUUUGUCAGCUGUCAUCGAUGAGUAUCAUUCAGAUAUCCUACAGAAUGAUACUAGUACACCGACCUGGCUACGUACUGUUGGCUACAACAAUAAUCCGGCGAACAUUGGAUACACCAAAAGUGACUCAACGAAAAGUCACCUUUCGGGAUUUCUGCUUUUAACUACUAUUGCCUCCGGGUUAUGGCUGGUGAUUCGAUAG